AUUGUGAAGUUUAGUUUGUUUAUUUUUGGUUAUGCUAUUAUGAAAAGAAAAUUCGUGUAGUUGAAAAGGAAUUAAUAAAUCUAAAAUGACUAUGAUAGGAAGUGUAACAAAAAUAAUGCCGGAGAUUCGAGCUAUUUUCACAAAAAGAUGGAUUCAUAUAACCCCUGUUUUAGAGAGGGUUCAAUCUGGAAGAUACAGAAUUACUCCGAAGAAAGAUCGACCACUUACAUAUGAAAUGGCCAAUCCUCCUGAUACUAUAGCUCAUGUAAAGUCGUGGAACUCUUGGAAUACCUCAACGCUUGAGGGCGGUUUACGUCCUUCAGAAACUGCUAUUGAAGAUAUAUUUAUACGAAAAUUCAUAACUGGAACUUUUCAUGCUUUAGUUUGCUCAGAAAUUAUAAUUAAAAGGCAACACAAUCAUAUAAGAAUAGCAGCUCUAUUAAAAAGAUCUAUUACUCCACGGAAAAUGUAUUUUUUAAUUGGUUACACAGAAGAACUUCUUUCAUAUUGGCUGCAGUGUCCAAUAACCUUAGAACUUCAAACUGUUGCAGAUAGAAAAGAUGUCAUAUUUAAAUAUAUAUAAAUUAGUUAUUAUGUAUUUGAUUAAUUAUUAAUAAUAAUUUUGAAUAAUUUAAA